UGCACCUCGCUUCAACCUGUCCUGCACUUCACACCAUUCAGCUUUCGAUGUCGACUGGCAAAUUCCAUUGAAAAAAGCAACGAUGAGCAGCCAAGAGGUAUCGAUAUUUCACAUUCAUGGGUAUGUCUCGAAUGGCAAGAACCAUCGGGCGGGAACCCUCAAAACCGACCAUGCUAUUCAAACAAUCUGGGAAUCCGUCUGUAGUAGCGAAAGCAGUGACAACGCUACGGACAAUGCAAGUAGCAGUGUCGGUGGGAGAAAACGUGGUGAGAAAGAGAGGCAGUGCAGGAUUUUUGUUAUGGACUAUUCCUCCUUCUGGAAAGGCACACUGACGCGACAGGAUUGGGAGGCACAGCGACAGACUCGAUGUGAAGAUAUGGUCAGUAAGGAGUUGUACGAAAGUCUGACCAAGGUCGCCUUCAAAGGAGUCCCCAAAAAGGAUGGGGAUAAAUGGGACCUGACACUGAGUGUUCGACCAUCAGUGGUGCCAAAUGAUUUGGAGCUGACGUGGGCCGGCUCAGUAACUAACACUGUUGCAGGGAAAACCUUUCAGCAAAAGACAAUUCUUGGAAGCAUGAAAUUAGAAAAGGUUUCGCCAGAAGAGUCGCAAACGAUCCUGCGACAAUGGGUCAAGAGUACUAUCGAGGAGCGGCAAAAGUUCAAGUGUUUGAGCGAUAAUCUGAGAGGUCAUAUGGUCAUACUCGAUACUCAGUAUAAAGAGAGCAGGAGUUUACUCGCGGACUUGAAAUUGGACAAGCUGCGGUCGCAGAUUAACAUGAUGGAGAAGUUCCGCGUGUUGAUCAAUACAAAAAAGGAUAGAAUUGUCCGGUUAAUCAAAUCAAAAGAUUCGUUGCAGCAGCGAAUGGAAAGCCUCGAGGAAGCUCUCAAGGAAGAACGCCGAAAGAGAGCAAUACUCGAAGGUAAAGUAGUUGAAAGUAAGGAUGAGGUUGACUUGUCAGACAUCAAGAAGCACGAAGACUUUGUGAGGGAGGAUGUCAAACCUGAGCCGAGUACUAUUGAGGCAGGCCGAGGACGAGGACGAGGAAGAGGAAGAGGGCGAGGAAGGGGUAGAGGCAAGAUUGCAGCAGUGGAGCAGGAUUCAAAAGUCAUCGCCGUUUCAGAAUCCGUAACCGCUGUGCAAACGAAACGGACCAAGCGCGAGACAAAAAUUGUCGCGAGCAAGAGUCAGUUUCAGGAUGCCGAGGAAGAGGGGGGCAUUAGGUCGCUGGGACUUCCGCUAUUGUCUCAUCCGCAGGAUGGGUAUGGUUGGGACAAUAACGACGACCCUGGCAUGAGAAAGCAUGCUGCAGAUACGAAUGAGGAUGAAGAAGAGGAACCAUUGAUUCGUAAGUCUUCUCGCUCUAAGUCGGCUGAAUUGAGCACAGACCAGCAAUCUGCAGAGAAUCAUUUGAAUGGUGUCUCGCCCACUGCACAGGCAUUAAUAAAUCGAGUGACAAGGGCAGCAAGCAAUGUUCAUUCCAUGGAUAAAAAGAGCCACGCGAGCGAAUCAUUAGAAUCAUCGGCAGCAACGACAUCGUCUGCGCAGAGGCGAACCGUUAUCAAGCGCGAAGAAUCAGAUCAUUCCGAGGCGCUUCUUAAGCGUGGCCCAACGCGGCAAAAUGUUGACAAUGAUGCAGACUCAGAUCCGCGAAAGAGGCACCGGACGCUCACAGAUGGUGGUGGCGCCCAUAACUAUAGCGAGGUUGAGAGCGCCUACAACAGCAAUAUGAAUCCUGCAGACACUGCUUCACCAUCAAGGGGGACCAAUAGCACGCGAUUGAGGACUCGAUAUCCUGUCGUGUCAAUGCGGAAGCCAGGGGCUUAUAAACCUGUGAUGCACGACAAGAACACAUUGGAUCCAACACCAUUGCAUUCACAUCAUCCCUCUCCACUCGUAGACGACGAAUCACACACUUCUCUGAACAGGCGUUUCCAGCGAUCGUCGUCCACGAGAAAGUCUUGGGGCGCGGGACACGCAGGAGAUGAGAAAGGAGCAGCAGCAGUCUUAGAUUCUAUUUUUUCGGAGGAAGAUCUGUAUAAGGAAAUGGAAUGAACUCUCUGUUGUAGAGAUGUGCCAGAAUCGGGCUUGAUACAUUGUAUACCUCGAAUACAUCUUAUACAUCACAUACAUUGCAUAAUUCUAAUAUAAAAUAAAGCUGUCCGGGAAUCCAUUCCUACCAAAAUGUCGUUC